UUCUCUGUGUGUGUGAGAAUGGAGGGCUGAGAGCAGCAUGUGUACGAGAGCAGAAGAAUUCUGUUGUAAUCUGACAGAUCAGAUCCGCUCAUCAAUCACUAAGCACAGUCACUAUGAAUCUUCCUCAAAAUGGGACUUUUGAGUGGUUGUGAAUUCCUGUCAGGAAGUCAACCAUUUUUAUUUGUGCAGGUCUCUGACUCAUGGUUUCGGGGUGUGUUUUCCAGCUCUAUUUAAGCAGCAGCUUAAUCAAACAUCCUUCACUUUUCCACCUUUUGGAUGAGCUGCUCUUGAGAAGAAGUGGAUCAGACUAAAGUCAGUUAUACAUAAUUUCCUCAAAGAUGGCCUUCCCAACAACACUAUUGCAAGUUGGUGGUCAAGGAGGUGACCCUUUUUCAUUUACUGGUGAAAACAACGGUGCCCGGUUAGAAAAGAUUUGGGUUUGGGUAGGAGAAUGGCAGAUCAAGGCUGUCAGGGCAUGUCUUUCAGAUGGUAGAGAUACAACCUUCGGACACCCAUCUGGAUCACCUCAAGGAUAUUUUUUCAGUCCUGGAGAGUGUUUCACCUCACUGUCCGUCUGGGGGAGCGGUGAUGUAACACGUCUUGGAGCCAUCAAAUUCAAGACCAACAAGGGUGGAGAAUUCUUUGCACAGAUGACAUGGGGUUUAAACAAAGAAUGUCCCAUGGAUGUCGGCUCUGGAUAUUGUCUUGGGAUUGUUGGGAGAUCUGGUGACGACAUCGACUGCAUGGGGUUCAUGUUUCUCAAUGAGGUUCAGUCAGCAGUUCUCAGCAAUGUCAACUAUCCCACCAUCAAUCAGCUGAUCCCAAAGGUGGCCGUGGAAGAGAUCAAGUCUGUCACUUAUGAGAACAAAACAUCUGCUAAUCAACAGCAAGCAAUCAAAACCUCAAAGAAAAUGAUCAAAAAAUCUUCAUGGUCAAUGACGAAGAGCUUUACAUCAACAUUCAGUAUGGAGGUGAAGGCUGGGAUUCCAGAAAUUGUAGAAGUUCCUACAGGAUUUAAUAUAAUUGUGGGAACAGAGGGCACAUAUAGUCUGGAGCAGGUGGAUAACAAAGACAAAACUCUAACCACCACUGUGAAAGUUCCAUCAAAGAAGAAAGUAGAUGUUGACAUCACCAUUGGCAGAGCCAGUUUUGACCUGCCGUACACUGGCACAGUGAAGAUCACUUGUAUGAAUGGCAGUGAGUUAAAGUAUGAAACCAAGGGCCAAUACAAAGGCGUCGCUUACACUGAUAUUGAAGUGAAUACGGUUGAAAAAGAUCUGUAAUGUCAAAACUGAUAAUUUACAGGCAGAGUACAAGUUGAUUUAUCCAACCCAGGCUCAUUCUGAAAACGUAGUCCCGAGGACGUUUCUGGAGACCGCAAAAUACGUCCCGGGAGGUACGUAUUUUUGCUGUUUUUGGUUUUCGCAAAUCUUCUCAGAUGUCUCCCGCGAGUGCCGUUCGCGCCCGCGCUGUUCUCGCGUAAACCCACUAGAGGCCGCUGUCGAACGAACAUCUGUCUGUCGGACUGGCUAAAUGAUUCUUCCCUGAACCCAACCAAUUUUACCGAUUGACCCGCCCGCCCUAAACCCAACCAACAAUUUACAAAAGCCGUCCAGAAAAAGAAAAGCCCUCGUCUGUUUUUUUUUUUUACCACAUUUUCGGAUUUUACCACAUUCUCACCCUGUUAUAAACUUCUUCGCUUUAUUUCUUGGAUUCUGUUUUAGUCUUACCUGAUUUCUGAAACCGCUCUUCCCCGGACUCGAACCCGGUCGUCGUCGUCGUGGUCAGCUCCUCUCUGUGUCUCAAGUCCGCCGACAUACAGGACGAGCUAACCGGACAAACUGGUUGUGGCGGGAAAGCCCUCCCCACGAAAGUAAGCGGUCAGCCGGUAAGCGCUAAGAGGAACGGCGUCAUACCACCCCACAGCGUUCGCUUAAAAAAUGAAAUGCAGCCAUACGUACCUCCGGCUACAUAAUUCGCGGCCUCCAGAAACGUCCUCGGGACUACGUUUUCAGAAUGAGCCUGGGUUGGAUUUAUCUUUGAUUAGGUUGUGUCUGUGCUCUCCUUCCUCUGAUUUAUUUUAAAUGUCUUUGCUUAUUGAAUUUAAAAAGAGGAAAUCUAUACAUUGCCUUUUCCAAAUAAUCUUUUCAGAUUCUGUGACAGAAUUAUCAUAUACAGUAGCCUCAUAGUUUCUGUAAUUUUGUAAUCAGUAAACAGAUCAGUAGUGACUUAAUUCA